AGGACCCGGAAGUGGUUGUGUUGUUGCCGUUGUUGUUGUUGUGGUGGUGGGGAGGCCGCCAUGGUGUGUGAGAAGUGUGAGAAGAAGCUCGGUACUGUAAUCACUCCCGAUACCUGGAAAGAUGGUGCGAGAAACACGACAGAAAGCGGUGGCCGCAAGUUAAAUGAAAACAAGGCAUUGACCUCAAAGAAAGCAAGGUUUGAUCCUUAUGGAAAGAACAAGUUUGCAAUCUGUCGGAUCUGUAAGAGUUCUGUGCAUCAACCAGGGUCUCACUAUUGUCAAGGAUGUGCCUAUAAAAAAGGCAUCUGCUCAAUGUGUGGCAAGAAGGUCUUGGAUACGAAGAACUACAAGCAAACUUCUGUCUGAUUGUUUUGACUAGUCUUUUUGUAGACUUCAACUUCUGUGUCUUUGUACAGUAAUUUUUCUCUGAAAUGAUUUGUGAAUAUUACUUGCUGGAAGGUAAUGCAGUUACUUGGAAUGAGAUGAGAGGUAAAUACAGUCUGGUGGCUGAGAAAUGUACAUACUUGUUUUCUUGUUUUAGCACUAAUGUUAACUGAUAUUUAAAGGUAAUGGUUUUCAGCAACUGAUACAGUUCAAACUGAAGGAGAAGAUCCUUGUUGAUAGGUUGAAACUAUCAUGACACAGAUCUUGAAGAUUUACAGUUUUAUUCUUUGAACGUAUCUUAAGUCUUUGCUUGUCUGAUAGUAAUAUUUUAUAGAUGUAUAUAAAAUACAAGCUUGUAUCACCUCAUUAAAGUAGUAUCUUCAUUUACUUCUAUGCAUAUAGGUAUUUAUAAUUCCUCUCAGCCCAAACUAUUGCAUCCUUCCCUUUAAAUAAAUGCAGUUAUCCUGUUUAUUUUUCCUUCAUUUUCUGGCCUCCAGUAGGGCUGGUUAGAUCACAAUUGUUAAACUACUGAAAUCUAGUGUGUUACUCUGCCAGGUCUUACUUUGGCAGUAAGACUGAUCAGUUAUUCCCUUGUUAGCCUCUAAGGAGGUGUUACGUACAGCAUCUGGUGGCCCCAAGGCAAUAAAAUAAUAAGCAUCAAUUUCUAAUGCCAGCUUUCAGUCUCAGCAUUUCCUAGGUUUGUUGGCUUUUAAAUACUUGGUUUGAAACUGGCUCUUGAAUUCUAUGGUGUAACUGCCUACACAUGUCAAAUCUGAAAGGUCAAGAUCUCUUCAGCAUUGGUUUGAUGUAAGACUUGAAGCAAGCUUCUGAGCAUGAGGAGUUCAGUGUGGCUCUGCAUUUCUUUUAUCCUUCAGUUACUUUCUGCAUAAGAAAGCAGUUACUGUUAUGCAGAGUAAUAAGUGUUGACUGUGCAUGCAUUUUAAGGGGAAAGAAUGGUACUCAUAAUUCAUAGACCUAUUUAAGUGUGUCUCCUCCCAGCAAUCUCCUCUUGGCAAUAUCUUGUGCUUUUGCAACUUUCUUUCAACUGUAACAAAAAACUAUUAAUGGUAUUUUCGCUAUUAAUAGAUACUCUGGUUUAGGUUUUCUUUUAUUCUCAAAUCUGUUACUGAGAGAACUGCAUGACUAAUGGGGUCUGAAAAAUCGCUGUUCUUUCUGUAAGUGGAAGAAAAUAGAAUGCUGAGCAUAUAGUUACUCUCUUAGCUCCUGCCGUGCUGUGAUUAUGCUGUAAGUAGCCCUCUAAAGGGUUGCCUAACAUUUCCUGUCACCCUUAACUAUCCAUUAUUGAGCAUUUGUCACUGAAGUUUCUUGUGCUGAAUGUGUUGACAUGUUGACAUCCUGCAGUUGCUAAAAUGGUAAUUCUUUUCAGCCCUUGAUAUUUACUAAGAAGCUGUGUCAGAGUAAUGGAGUGAGCUGGGUCCCAAAAAGAGAGGAAUGCUGCUGCUUUGUAUUUUAAAGACUUCACGUACCUUAACAAUUGGAGGUAUGUGGAUUAACUAGCUGGUACCCUACAAUGUUACUUCCACGUGGUGCUGGCCACUCGUUUCCAAACACAUUAAGGAAUUCUACUGUUGGUGUACAUCUCUCUGGCACAUCCUUUGUAUGGAUGAGAAGAAAAUGACUAUAAUUGACUUGAAGUAUUGCAGCAAUAUGUCAGCAGAGUGUCAGAUUCUCCCAUGUUCUCUGAACUCUUCACCCUUUUGUGGGUGGGUUCUAUAAAAUGGGUUCAUUUAUGCUAUUCUCUGACUGAAACUUCUUGUCUUCCUAAAACUUGCCAGUAUCUGUAUUUCAACUGCAUGACUUUGUAACCUUGAAUAUGUGACACAAAUGGAAUGUUUAAUGCACUCUGUAAAUAUUGGCACUGA